AGUACUUACUUUAUCUGUUGUUAUUCCCCCGUAAAACUAUUUAGUGCGUGUAAAGGGAGAAAUGGAUUCGCUCUAAAUGGGCUGGCCCAUUAUAAAUCUUGUAGGCCCAAACAGGGAGGCCCUAAUUUGGACCGGAGCCCACGUUCCCUUCUAUAUGCCGCUCCAUUUUGUCUCUCCGUGUGCCAACCCUACCCCACCGCCGCCAUCCACAUCGCUUCCCCCCGCUUCCGGCGGCGGGCAACUUCUCACCGCGUCCACGCGUCUUUCUUCUCUUCGACCUCGCGACCGGGUCCGGCUUCGUCGCUGGCACCUCGGACGGCGGCUCCGAAGGCGGGGCCGAGGGACGACGCCCGCCGCGGCUCCAGGAGCUAGGUGGGAGAGUACCGGCGUGGCGGUCUUCCCUCCUCGCUGACAUCCGCUGACCGAGGAUUUGGAAAUGGAAAAGCAUGGUCGAAAACCUGAACCCAACAUCUUUGCAAGCGUAUGGCGUUUCUUGCGUAGGUGCCUCUUUCUUGUGCUCGCCCUUGGUCCUAUGCCCAACCAUAUCGCAUUCAUCAUGGACGGGAACCGGAGAUACGCCAAGCGAAGGAAUGUGAAAGAAGGCACCGGUCAUGGUGUUGGAUUCACGACUCUUACCUCUAUUUGUCAAUACUGUUAUGAAAUGGGCGUGAAGUAUGUGACCGUGUAUGCUUUCAGUAUUGACAACUUCAAGCGAAAACCAGAGGAGGUCCAGUCGCUUAUGGAUCUGAUGAAGGAAAAGAUUGAUGAGUUGUUAGAGGAGGAGAGCAUUGUGCAAAAAUAUGGUUUUAGGAUCAACUUCUGGGGAAGCCUGGACCUGUUGAGUGAGCCGGUAAGGUUGGCAGCUGAGAAGGCAAUGACACACACUGCCGAUAACACUGGGCCAGUUCUCUCGAUCUGCGUCGCCUAUACUUCCACCAAUGAGAUCAUGCGAGCCAUCAAAAAAUCGUGUGCGAGGAAGAGCUUCAGAACACAAGGGUAUGUGAAUUGUGACGGUGAAUCGGUGUGUGAGGACAUUAACGGUUACGUUACUGUGGCUGAUUUAGAGGAGAACUUAGACACUGCUGAUUGCCCUGACCCUGACAUUGUUAUUAGGACAUCAGGGGAGGCUCGGCUGAGUAAUUUUCUUCUUUGGCAGACUUCGUUGAGCCACUUGCAAAAUCCAAACCCGCUGUGGCCUGAAUUUUCUCUUAGGAACCUAGUCUGGGCUAUCUUGGAGUACCAGAAGAUCUAUCCUUACUUGGAAGCAAGGAGAAGACUGGCUAAGAAGGAAAACUAAACCUGCUUAUGAUGCUUUGCUUUUAAGGCUUGUCAUGCUAUUCUGGAUGUUAUUGUACACUGUGGUUUUGAGCUUGUUUAUCAUCAUCGUGUGGGAGCACUGCUCUUGAGCCUUGCCUUCCAAGUAUCAUUUAGUUUGGUUGCUUUGUUGUCGCAUUGAAGUGAUGGAUCAAUGGUGGCGUCCCUCCAUCUCCAAUGUGAGAUCGAAAAGGAAGGAUGUACUGAAGAUUAUUAUUCUUGUGAACAGAGGCAUUUUGGUUGGAACAUAUCCAAGGCUGUCACUGUUGCCUACAAGUCUCUUCAAUUUUUUCUCAGAAAAAAAUCUGAUAGGUUAUCGCCGUCGUCAUCGACUCAGCAUUAUUAUUGUGCAUGUGGUGUGUGGUUCUUCUCCAUGUUAAGUUUCAGACAGCCUAAGUUGAAGGCUUUGUAGAUUUGAUCCACUUGCUAAUGAAUCUAGUCAAAAGGUCUCUACUUUCAGAGUCUAGUUGCAGAAGAAUCUAAUUAGCAGGAGGGGCAUUACAGCCGACAAGCACAUCGGAGUAAAGAAUAGCUUUCAUGAUCAUUUUGUGACUUUAGGUAGGACUUUUUUCCUCGCUGCUACUCAAUGUUAUACUUGUGAUGAAUCUUGUUCCUGAUACAACUAUUGUACUUGCAGCUAACCUUUCAACAUCUUGAUUGAAAUAACACCUUCCUGUA